AUGAGCGACCGAUCCACGUCCACACCGCAGCGCGGUCCAUCCCCGUCGAAGCCACGACCGAAAUGCACACUGCCCCCCGAGAAAUGGCUCUCCGGUCGUAGUGACUAUUCCCCGCUAAAGUCUUGGAGCUCGUCCUAUUUCUCUCAGUUCUUCGAGGAGCAGAUGCGCCAGACACCCGACGGCUCGAAGACCAGGACACUGUACAUUGAUCGCGAUCCGAACACAUUCAAAGCGAUCGCAAGGCAUCUACAGGGCUAUCAUAUUCGGCCCAAAAAUGGCACGGAGUUUGUACAGUUCUUCGCUGAUGCGCAGUUCUAUAGUUUGCCCCGCCUUAUCUCCCAACUCUUCGAAUCCGAGAUCUUCAUUCAAAUCGGCGACAAGGAUUUCCAAAUCCCGCGCGACAUCUUCUCUAAUCCCGGCGACUCCCCGAACUUCUUCUCUCUAGGCUUCGGUGCCUUCUUUGCCUCCCCGACGGAGAUCUUCCCCGGACUUGAUCGUCACGGCCUUUUACGUCCUCCGGCCAUUGUCCCGCCAAGUGUGCCCAAUCGAUCGGGAGAGGUUUUCGCGCAGCUCCUUCACCUCCUGCGCGGAUACCCAUUGGAGAUAAAGAAUGAAACGCACCGUGCCGAACUACUGCGCGAUUGUCGCUACUUUCACCUGCGCGGGUUAGAGCAAAAGUUGAUUCCACAUCAUGUCAGUUUCAAUCCGAUCCGACAACGAUCGGAGAUCGUCGUCCGCCUGGAGGAUGUGCGCCGCUCAGGAGUUAGCGUUGCCCACCACGCCUCGGCCCCGUCCAGCGGCUGGGCCACGUACUCGCGUCCGUUCAUCGACGAGGAGACAUACGACUUGAUUCUCGAGAUCGGUGACGAAACCACUAUUGUCGACCUUGACACCAAGCAUAUUGAAUUCCUAAACUCGACUAAGGCGCGCUUCUCCAGCUUGCUGCAGAUCGUUACGGGAAAGGUCAACCUCCCAGGCCUGCCGGAAGGUCAGUCCACUUCGCCUAGUGUUAAGGUUUCUGUCGAGCGAGACACGGACUUGACCGUCGACGGACAAGUGCGGCACCUAGAAGCCUUCGGACAAGGAUCCGAACAGGCAGAUCCGUCGCAACCUGCGGCUAAGCGCCGACGAAUGGAAGAGCCACCCAAAGAGGGCGGACGGCAUAUCGUCCGGAAUGGCCACUGGCGUCUAGGUUUCCGCCCUAAUGCCGCCGGCGACCGACUCGAGUUCAUCCUGGCAGCGGUGAAGCUGGAUGCAUAUACAGAGCAACGGAGUCGGAAUCAUACACGGGCGUUUCUGGGGUCUUAG